AUGAGCCCUAGGAUUCUAGCUUCUUUCUUCUUCUUCUUCCUCCUCCCGACCAUUGGGCCCGCUAGUGCCGCAUCUCCUACAACCGGCUGGACUCCUGAACCCAACGGCCGCGGAACCUUUGGGCUGAUCUGCUCCUGCGUCCUCACUCUGACGAUAUGCGUCUGGACGGCCCUCCAUCUCAACGUUCCCGCCGCGCGGUCCACACUCCGGAGCCGGGCACUGGAAGGGACGAAGUGGGUUCUCUACGGCAUCUUCGCGCCGGAGCUCGUCGUCGCGACGGCGGCCGCGCAGUACAUAGUUGCGCGGUGGUUGAAAAGAGAGAUUGAAAAGGACACCGCUCAUCGUCGGCCUGCGGCAGCGCACAAAAAAGAUGGGAUACGUGGCAGGGAGAAUGAGAGAUUCUCAAGCCAUACGUGGGACAUGACGCAGUGCUUCUACGCCGUGAUGGGCGGGUUUGUCGUCGAUCUGCCGUCUUCCGAUGAUGAUGAUGAGGACGCCGUCAAGAGAGUAACUGUCACACCGGAGGGUAUAAGGCUUCUUUCCUUCAUCGGCAAGUUGCCAGAGAUUCACGAGUCGCAGAUCCAGGACAAAAGCAAAGCAGACUGGAUGGCCAAGUCACUUGUCUGCAUCCAGGCGGGCUGGAUGGUCGCCCAAGUCAUCGGCCGCCUCAUCAAGGGGCUGCCCGUGUCGCUACUCGAGAUCAACACCUGCGGACACGUCGCGUGCGCCGUGCUCCUCUACCUUCUCUGGUGGAGCAAGCCCCUCGACGUCCUGGAUCCAACAGUGCUGGAGGGGGGAAACGAGGACUACCUAUCGCUCAUGAGGUUUUGCUCCUCCAUGAGCGCCGUCAACGGAGUAACAGACAUUCGAUGCUUCAUGUACAUGCCUGCAGACGGGGCGGGCAGCGACGAGGGUCCAGAUCAACACGCGGCCAGGGUUCUCAUCACGACUCAUCUGUCCAUCGGGUCGCCCGGCACGAGAGAACCCUCGAGGUUUCUGGGAUUCGACGUGAGCGAUAUCCGGCCUCAGACAACGUUGAUGACCGUCGAAUCCCAUGCGCAGAGGGUGGCACGCAGCGCAUACAUGUAUCAUAUCGACCAGACAAAGCCCACUGUCGCGCCUGAAUGCCUGCAGACGUACUUUGCGCCGCCGUACAAGGAUCUCACCCUCCGCCAUGGCACGAUAUACUGCCGAAGGCUCUUCGCCGAUGUUCAGCAGCACCAGAGAUCCCACCAUCCCGUUGACCCAGUCCGCUUGGCGCAGGCGGCAGCAGCCUCAGACGCCAUCUGGGCCCAGUGCAUCACCCGCCCGUCCUACGCGCCUUACUACUUUACCUCGGUCCCGACCGUCGGCGUCUUUCUCGGCGAGACGGACUACCUCGUGCCGCACAUCGUCAACUUCCCCUCCCUAUCCAACCUCGGUCUCGGUCAGGUCAACAUCCACCGCGACGUCCUGCGCUCGGUGCUCGCCCUCACUGCCGCUGCGUACGGCGGGCUCCACCUGUCGGGCUGGUUCGACCACUUUCCGACGGACGUCGAAAAGAAGCUGUGGGCGGUGUCGUCUCUCGUCAUCGCGUGCUCCGGGGUCGUGCUGUGGAUCUUCUUCCUCGCGCGGCAGCUGUGGCCGCGGUUCGACGUCUUCGUCUCCGGAGCGGCGCCGGGGGCCAGGCUGGCCGGUACGAGCUACUAUCACCAGAAACUGUGGAUGAAGAAGGCGAAGUCGGCGGUCCUGGGCUCCAUCCUCGUGUUGUUUGCUGCGGCGAGGGUGUUUCUAGUUGUCGAGGCUUUUGUCAACCUGCGAGAGGCCCCCAAGGCUUUGUAUGAGACGCCUGAGUGGUCCGACUUCUUCCCGCAUUUUUAG